AUGAAGACACAGUUGUUGAGUCUGGGAGUUGCCCUCACGGCCAUCUCUCAGGGCGUUAUUGCUGAGGAUGCCUUGAACUGGCCAUUCAAGCCGUUGGUUAAUGCUGAUGACCUGCAAAACAAGAUUAAGCUCAAGGAUCUUAUGGCUGGCGUACAGAAACUCCAAGACUUCGCCUACGCUCACCCUGAGAAGAAUCGAGUAUUCGGUGGUGCUGGCCACAAGGAUACCGUCGACUGGAUCUACAAUGAGCUCAAGGCUACCGGCUACUACGAUGUGAAGAUGCAGCCACAAGUCCACCUGUGGUCUCAUGCUGAGGCAGCUGUCAAUGCCAAUGGCAAGGAUCUCACUGCCAGUGCCAUGUCCUACAGCCCUCCAGCCGACAAGAUCACUGCCGAGCUUGUCCUGGCCAAGAACAUGGGAUGCAAUGCUACUGAUUACCCAGAGGGUACCAAGGGCAAGAUUGUCCUCAUCGAGCGUGGUGUCUGCAGCUUUGGCGAGAAGUCCGCUCAGGCUGGCGAUGCAAAGGCUAUUGGUGCCAUCGUCUACAACAACGUCCCUGGAAGCUUGGCCGGCACCCUGGGUGGCCUUGACAACCGCCAUGCUCCAACUGCUGGAAUCUCUCAGGCUGAUGGAAAGAACCUCGCUAGCCUUGUCGCCUCUGGCAAGGUUACCGUCACCAUGAACGUUAUCAGCAAGUUUGAGAACAGGACUACCUGGAACGUCAUUGCCGAGACCAAGGGAGGAGACCACAACAACGUCAUCAUGCUCGGUUCUCACUCUGACUCUGUCGACGCCGGCCCUGGUAUCAACGACAACGGCUCCGGUACCAUUGGUAUCAUGACCGUUGCCAAAGCCCUCACCAACUUCAAGGUCAACAACGCCGUCCGCUUCGGCUGGUGGACCGCCGAGGAGUUCGGCCUUCUCGGCAGCACUUUCUACGUCGACAGCCUUGACGACCGUGAACUGCACAAGGUCAAGCUGUACCUCAACUUCGACAUGAUUGGCUCCCCCAACUUCGCCAACCAGAUCUACGACGGAGACGGCUCCGCCUACAACAUGACUGGCCCCGCCGGAUCUGCUGAAAUCGAGUACCUGUUCGAGAAGUUCUUCGAUGACCAGGGAAUCCCACACCAGCCCACCGCCUUCACCGGCCGCUCCGACUACUCUGCCUUCAUCAAGCGCAACGUCCCUGCCGGAGGUCUGUUUACUGGUGCUGAGGUCGUCAAGACCGCCGAGCAGGCUAAGCUAUUUGGCGGCGAGGCUGGCGUUGCUUAUGACAAGAACUACCACGGCAAGGGCGACACUGUAGACAACAUCAACAAGGGUGCUAUCUACCUCAACACUCGAGGAAUCGCGUAUGCCACUGCUCAGUAUGCUAGUUCGCUGCGCGGAUUCCCAACCCGCCCAAAGACGGGUAAGCGUGACGUGAGCCCCCGUGGCCAGUCUAUGCCUGGUGGUGGAUGCGGACACCACAGCGUCUUCAUGUAAAGAGAUUUUAAUGUUUCCAGCU